GAACAAUACAAGGCCCCAACAACAAAAGGAAAAAUCAAAAGAAACCAAGAACCAAACAAAUGAUUAUACAAAAGCAAAAGAGAAAAAAAAAGUGGAACUGAACUAUGUCCCAUGCCAACAUUUCUCAGCUACAACAAGUGUUAUUGUUUUGCUGUCUCUUUAUAAUAAUUUGUGUGUUUUCCAACAAGAUUAGUUACAUUCCAAGAAAUGGGAAAGAGAGGAACAAGGUUACCUGGUUUUUGCUUGAACCGAAUUAGGCCUCAUGCGAGGGUGCGUUCGCCAAUUAUACAAAUCAAGAACAAAAGUGAUAAUGAUACUAAAAUUGAUGAGAAAACUGGGAAUUCUUCAUGCAGUGUUUGUGAGGAGAAAUUUAUUGUCGAUGAUGGUGUGAAACAAGGGUCAGUAAUUGGUAGGAAGAUUAUGAUUGUGAUUGAUUCAAGUUUUGAAGCUAAGGGUGCUUUGCAAUGGGCACUAACUCACACUGUUCAGAAUCAGGAUACUGUUGUUCUUCUUCAUGUGAUGAAAUCUUCUAAACAAGUAGCCACUGAUGAUGAAGCUUCUAGAAAGGAAACAGAUCCAAGAGCUUAUGAGCUUGCUUCUUCUUUCAAGAAUAUGUGUAAUGCGAAGAUGCCCGAGGUACAAAUUGAGAUUGCAGUAACAGAAGGGAAAGAAAAGGGACCAAAAAUAGUGGAGGAAGCAAAAAAACAUGGCGUGGGACUUUUGGUUUUGGGGCAGAAGAAGAGGUCCACCACAUGGCGUCUUCUAAUGAUGUGGGCAGGCAAUAGAGUAACUGGUGGUGUGGUGGAGUAUUGUAUACAAAAUGCACAUUGUAUGGCAAUUGCUGUGAGAAGAAAGAGCAAGAAAUUUGGAGGGUAUAUGAUUACUACUAAACGUCAUAAAGAUUUCUGGCUUUUAGCUUAAUCUAUAAUCAAUUCUUUGGAAUGGAUCUUGUCACCUUCAAGAUUUUAAUGUUGUUGUGUUUUGUAAAAUCACAAUGUUUUUUUUUUUUUGUGUGUACAUAAUAAAGGGUUAUGAGAAAUGAAAAAGGUGUGAAUUUGUGAAUGGGAAGAAGAAAUGAGUCAUUGUUUAUAUACUUUUUUUGCUGCACAA